CCCCGCCUAGACAGAGAACUAGUUGAGUAGAAGCGGCGGCGCGGCCGGGACCCGCCCGGAGGGAGCCAGUGGCGGAGCCAUGGCGGGCGAGGAAGACCGCGGGGACGGGGAGCCUGUAUCACUGGUGACCGUGCGGGUGCAGUACCUAGAGGACACCGACCCUUUCGCAUGUGCCAACUUCCCGGAGCCGCGCCGGGCACCCACCUGCAGCCUGGACGGGGCGCUGCCCCUAGGCGCGCAGAUACCCGCCCUGCACCGCCUGCUGGGGGCGCCGCUCAAGCUCGAGGACUGUGCCCUGCAAGUGUCUCCUUCUGGCUAUUACCUGGACCCUGAGCUGUCCCUGGAAGAGCAGCGGGAGAUGAUGGAGGGCUUCUUUGAAGAGAUCAGCAAAGGGCGGAAGCCUACUCUGAUCCUGCGGACCCAGCUCUCCGUGAGGGUCAAUGCCAUCUUAGAAAAGUUGUAUGGCUCCAGUGGUCCUGAGCUCCGCCGCUCCCUCUUCUCACUGAAGCAGAUCUUCCAGGAGGACAAGGACCUGGUGCCUGAAUUCGUGCACUCUGAGGGGCUGAGUUGCCUGAUCCGUGUGGGCGCUGCUGCUGACCACAACUACCAGAGCUACAUCCUCCGAGCCCUAGGCCAGCUGAUGCUGUUUGUGGAUGGGAUGCUGGGGGUGGUGGCCCACACUGAGACCGUGCAGUGGCUGUACACACUGUGUGCCAGCCUGUCCCGCUUGGUGGUGAAGACAGCCCUGAAACUGCUACUGGUGUUCGUGGAAUACUCUGAGAGCAACGCACCGCUGUUCAUCCGUGCAGUCAACUCUGUGGCCAGCACCACGGGUGCUCCUCCGUGGGCCAAUUUGGUGUCCAUCCUGGAGGAGAAGAAUGGCGCUGACCCCGAGCUGCUGGUGUACACUGUCACCCUCAUCAACAAGACUCUGGCAGCUCUCCCGGACCAGGACUCCUUCUACGACGUGACGGAUGCACUGGAGCAGCAGGGCAUGGAAGCGCUGGUCCAGCGCCACUUGGGCACGGCGGGCACGGACGUCGACCUGCGAGCCCAGCUUGUACUCUACGAGAACGCCCUGCGUUUGGAGGAUGGAGACCUCGAAGAAGCCGUCACAGGUGGGCGGCGCACCACCCGCCGAAAACCUUCCUCAGAGGAGGGCAAGAGGAGCCGCCGAUCUCUAGAAGUGCGCUCCCCGGAGCCUGGCUCCACAGGCCCCGCCUCUCCGGCCGUCUCCACCGCCGCCAGCCCGGUCCUGCCGACCAGCCCCACCUCCAGCCCCGUCGGCCCCGCCCCACCUCCAAGGCCCGCCUCCAGCCCCGUGGGCCCUUCCUCUGGCCUCCACAGCACCUUGAGCCUCUUUCCUACCAUCUCCGUGGCGCCCGCAUCCGACAGCUCCUGUGAGAGGAGCGUCUACAAAGCCCGGUUCCUGGAGAAUGUAGCAGCAGCAGAAACAGAAAAGCAGGCUGCGCUGGCCCAGGGCCGGGCAGAAACAUUGGCUGGAGCCAUGCCCGAUGAUAUGGAUGGGCGCCCAGACACCCGGGAAUCAUGGCACUCUCAGGAACCCACCCCUGCACCCAGGACACCCCAGAGUGCUGCCCCCCGAAUCCUGCUGCGUGCCCAGCAGAGCCUUGAGCCAGAGCCCAAGGAGCCAUUGGCCCCACCAAGCCCCAAGGCUGAGCCUGUGUGGGAGCUCCCUGCCCGUGCACCCAGGCUCUGCAUUGGGGACCUGGACUUCUCAGAUCUGGGGGAGGAUGAAGACCAGGACAUGCUGAACAUGGAGUCUGUGGAGGUGGAGAAAGGGAUCCCACCCCCACCGCCCCCACCACCCCUGCUCUAUGGAAGCCUCCCACCUCCUCCGCCUCCACCUCCCCCACCCCUCAAAAGCCCCUUCCCACCAGCCCCACCUCCACCCCCUGCUGCCCCUCUUCCCCACUCGGCACCUGAUGGCCCUGCCCUCCCCACCAAGAGGAAGACAGUAAAACUCUUCUGGCGGGAGCUAAAGUUGGCUGGAGUCCGUGGAGGCUCUGGCAAUCGCUUUGGGCCCAGCCCCACCCUGUGGGCCUCACUAGAGCCUGUCUCGGUGGAUACAGCCCGGCUAGAACACCUGUUUGAGUCCCGAGCCAAGGACGUUUUGCCUUCCAAGAAAGCUGGUGAGGGCCGCCGUACAAUGACCACAGUGCUGGACCCCAAGCGCAGCAAUGCCAUCAACAUCGGCCUAACCACACUGCCGCCUGUGCACGUGAUCAAGGCUGCUCUCCUCAACUUUGAUGAGUUUGCCGUAAGCAAGGAUGGCAUCGAGAAGCUACUGACCAUGAUGCCCACGGAGGAGGAGCGGCAGAAGAUCGAGGAGGCCCAGCUGGCCAAUCCUGACAUACCCUUGGGCCCAGCCGAGAAUUUCCUGGUGACUCUCGCCUCCAUCGGGGGCCUGGCGGCCCGCCUACAACUCUGGGCCUUCAAACUGGAUUAUGACAGCAUGGAGCGGGAAAUUGCAGAGCCACUGUUUGACCUGAAAGUGGGCAUGGAACAACUGGUGCAAAAUGCCACCUUCCGCUGCAUCCUGGCCACCCUGCUGGCUGUGGGCAACUUCCUCAAUGGCUCCCAGAGCAGCGGCUUUGAGCUGAGCUACCUGGAGAAGGUGUCAGAAGUGAAGGACACGGUGCGCCGACAGUCACUGCUGCACCAUCUCUGCUCCCUGGUGCUCCAGACCCGACCUGAUUCCUCUGACCUCUACUCAGAAAUUCCUGCCCUGACCCGCUGUGCCAAGGUGGACUUUGAGCAGCUGACUGAGAACCUGGGGCAGCUGGAGCGCCGGAGCCGGGCAGCUGAAGACAGCCUGCGGAGCCUGGCCAAGCACGAGCUGGCUCCAGCCCUGCGUGCCCGCCUCACCCACUUCCUGGCUCACUGUACCCGCCGUGUUGCCAUGCUGAGGGUUGUGCACCGCCGUGUCUGCAACAGAUUCCACGCCUUCCUGCUGUACCUGGGGUACACGGCGGAGGCAGCCCGUGAGGUCCGCAUCAUGCAGUUCUGCCACACGCUGCGGGAGUUCGCACUGGAGUAUCGGACCUGCCGGGACCGGGUGCUGCAACAGCAGCAGAAGCGGGCCACGUACCGUGAGCGCAACAAGACCCGGGGACGUAUGAUCACUGAGACAGAGAAGUUCUCGGGUGUGGCUGGGGAAACCCCCAGCAAGCCAUCUGUCCCUGUGGCUGUGAGCAGUGGGCCGGAAGAAGGUGAUGCUGAUAGUCACGCCACCAUGAAGAGUCUGCUGGCCAGCAAGCCUGAGGAUGCCACACAUGGCCGUCGCAGCAGAGGCAUGGUCCAGAGCAGCUCCCCAGUCAUGCCUACAGCAGUGGGGCCCUCCACUGUACCCCCAGAAGAAUCUCCAGGCUCCAGUUUACCCAGUGACACUUCAGAUGAGAUCAUGGACCUGCUGGUGCAGUCAGUGACCAAGAGCAGCCCCCGUGCCUUAGCUGCUAGGGAACGCAAGCGUUCCCGUGGCAACCGCAAGUCUUUGAGGCGGACGCUGAAGAGCGGGCUCGGAGAGGACCUGGUACAGGCACUUGGACUGAGCAAGGGUCCUGGCCUGGAAGUGUGAAGGUGCUGCCUCCAGGACACCUAUCUGGGUCCCAGCCUGCAGUGCAGGAGACUACAGUGAGGAGGCACCAGAGCAGAAUUCUGGGCCUCUUCUCAACUCAAGGGCCACUCUGUGCCCAUGGCCAGUGCCGUGAGCAGUAUUAGCUGUGUGUGCCUGUGUGGGUGUGCGUGUGCAUGUGUGAGCUCCCUGGAUGCAUGGAGCAUAAUAAAGUUUUCCUAGCCAGUCAA